AUGUUUGAAGGCAUUUAUACAGAAACUUUGAAGGAUAAGUUUACUCUUUCUCCUUUUGAAAAGUACAGUAAAUAUGGCAGAUUUCCUUUCAAGUUUCUGAUAUCUUGCGCUCUAGUGUUCAUGACCACAUUUUAAGUAAUAUUGAUCUCUGAACAUUACACAUAUAAUAGUUCAGGACAAAUAAUUUAAUUUGUGGCAUUGCUAUUGAAUCCAGAUGAACCUAUGAAUAAUAAAAUUACAUUACUUACAAUUGAAGACUUUUAAGAUUCUCUGAAUAACACACUUAACAACCUCGCUAAUAUUGAUGAUAUCACAGCUUAGAAAACUACUAUUUUAGGCGAAACUUUCUUUUAGAUUAAUUACAACUAUCCUUAUUAGGCAUAUAGGUUUGAUUACCAUUUUGUACGAAAUUUGACUUUGGGAGAACCCUUGCUUGAUCCCUUCAAUUUGGAGGAUGAUGAUUAAAUUCGUGAUUUUUGGACUAAUGCUUAUGAAUUGACACUAACAGUCAAUAAAGUCAAAGUGGAAUCAUAAUAACGAACUGCUUGUUGGGAUAUAUAAAUUACAUAUUAGUUUAUAAAUUAUGGAUAUAUUGAUGCUAUCAUUUCAUCUAUAGGUGGAAUUUGUGCUGACAACAGGGAAGAAGCACAUGGAUCGGCAUUUAAUAGUAUUGCACUAAAAAUAGACAAUUUGUUAUUGUAAUUGAGUAUCAUUUUAUUGGCAUUGGUUGAUGUUUGUUUGGGAGUCAAAUACAUAUAUGAAGUCAUUGAGAUGUAUACAAAUAAUAUUUCAAAAUUGAAGAAGCAGAGGAAGUUAAAAGUCCCAGAUUAUAAAUUGUAUAAAAAUUAGAAUCUCACAACUUUAAAGAUCAUUUUGACUGAGUAAAAGCCUUGGGAGUAGUUAACAAUAAAGGAGAAAUUGUUAUUUUUUGAUUUAUUUUUGCCAAUAAGAAUAUUAGGAAAUAUCCUUUAAUUGAUAUCAGCUGGUAUACUAGUAUCUGAGACUUUCAUAAGAGUGGACGGUCUAUCAUAAUAUGAUGAAUUGAUGGCUGGGUUAGGAUGCUUUUUUGCCUGGUUUUCUAUAGUGAAGUACUUGGAUUAUUAUGAAGAAUUGCACUUGAUUGCCUCUGUAUUGGAAUCCUCGAUAAUUCCAGUUUGUAUGGCUAUUUUGAAUUUCUUGCCAGUGUUUUUAGGAUAUGCAUUAUUGGGGAUGUGCUUAUUUAGUGAUUCUCAUUAAUUCGUGAGUUUGUCGUCUUCAAUAAAUGCUCUAUUCUCAUUAAUUUAUGGAGACUCAAUAUCUGAUGUGGCUCGGGAUAGUUCAAGAGGAGUCAGUUUAGAAGUGUCGUUGAUUUACAUAGUUACAUAUAUUUUAUUAUUCUUAUUCGCAGUGCACAACAUCAUGGUGGCUUUGAUUAAGGAGUAGUUGGAAAUUCGUAGGGAUUUAAUAUUUCAGGAGAAGGAGUUGAUGAAUCAGUUGGAUCUUAGUAAUAACUAUCAGUAUCAAAUGUAUUUGUCAUAGAAGAUGAAACAAUCCGCAGCAAUGAACAGGAGUGUGAUGAAGGACGAUUUCAGUUCAAUAUUGCAAUCCUAAUCAGGGAGUAAUUAGCAGUAGUAGAUGAACAAGCAAAUAUCUUUGAAGUCAAUAACGAAAUUGGCGAUGAUGUAGAAGCAGAUGCAGGAGGAUGUAUCUAAAUAGGAUAUGGAGAAGAAUUGGAAGGAAAUAUGCAAGGAGGAGAUGUAAAACCAUUACAUUUACAAUAUUUUGAUAUCAACAAUAAGUGAGACCAAGAAUAUCCUGAGUAAUGUGGAGUUGGAGUUAUGGAAUGACAUUGAUUCUAGUCCAUUUACUGUGAUUGACAAGAAGGAGAUAAUCACUCUGUACUGUUCUUAGUUGAUUAGGAAACAUCAGAAAAUGAGGAAAAUCUUUGAUAAAACAAAGUAAAUAAGCUAAAAUUUGAAACCAUGA